AUGAAGACGACGCCGAAGAUCAUAGAAAUUCCUCAGGGCCACGUCACAUGGAAGCAGGUUGAGACGAAGUUCAACAAGUCCUGGAGGCCACCCAACAAGGUCAUCAAACCAACAAUAAAGCACAUCUACAAGAUCGUUGAGAGCGCGAUGUUCCUUAACCCAUACGAUACUUACCGGAAGAGAAUUGGCAAUGAAUGCUUCCGCUAUCAUGGGACGACGCGCCUGUGUCAGCUGGGAAACACGGGCCAGACGACCCUCUGCAAUCUGCCCAAAUGCGCAGUGUGUAAUAUCCUGAGGACGUCGUUCAACGUGAAGCUUGCGGAUCCGAGCGGCGCGUAUGUGCUAAUCAAGUUCAUCAUCGUGUAUAUGACAUUGCUUACUCGGACCUCUCUUGCCCUUUCGGACAGGUUCGGAGCUGGUAUAUACACAUCCUCCGCAUCGAACAAGUUUGUCAUAGCCCUUCCUUCGGGCUACGAUUCCGUCGUCUUUGAUAGGAUGAACGGCCAGCUGAACGAGACGAUCGUUUACGCGAACGAUGCGAUCAGGCCGGUGUACUUGAUUAUAUUCUGA